CCCAAACUCCGGCCAGUCCAGGCUGACGUGUGUCCCCAAGUGUGUUCAACCUGUGCUGUUACCCCACGCCGCAGAACAAGCAGACCGGCCGGAGAGCCGAGGUUGUGCCAGGGAUGACUGGAGUUGCACGGUAGUGGCCGCCGCCGGUCAUCAUGCAGCUAGAUCGGCCUCUGGUCAGGCCGGUCCGCCGGGUGUCACAAGGACCACGCCGUCACUUGGCACGAAAUCAGACACCGCUCUCCGCGACACACCCUUUCACGUCACGAUCCACGAAAGGAGCCCUCCAUCACAGCCGACACACGCAGCCCCCCAUGGCUUCGGACGCGGUCGAGACGCUGUCGAGCAUCAUCGGGUGGACGUACAUGCUCUGCUGGACCGCCUCCUUCUACCCCCAGGUCCUCCUCAACAUCCGCCGCAGAACCACCGUCGGCUUUUCCAUCGACUUUGCCCUCCUGAACAUCCUGGGCAUGACCUCAUAUGCCAUCCACAAUGUCGUCUUGUUUGCAUCUCCCGUCGUGAGGGCCCAGUAUGCCCAUCGCUACCCGCGGAGCCCCACCCCGACCGUGCAGCCAAAUGAUAUCGCCUACGCUGUCCAUGGUGCAAUCAUCACGGUGCUCAUCUACUCGCAGUUCUACCCGAGGCUGUGGCGCUUUUCCCAGGCCACGAGUUCGAGGUGCAGCCGCUGGACCCUCGGCUUCUUCUGGGGCUGCAUCGCUGCCGUGCUGCUCGGGGCACUCGUCGUCGGCCUACACCCGACUGCCUUCAGAUGGGAGUGGCUCGACGUGAUAUACCUCAUGGGAAAUGUCAAGGCCUUCCUCACCGUCGUCAAGUACGCCCCGCAGAUAUGGCUCAACAUCCGGCGCAAGUCGACCCGGGGACUCAGCAUCUCACAGUUCUCGCUCGACAUCACGGGUGCCGUGCUGUCGCUGGUCCAGCUCUUCAUUGACGCGGCCCACGGCGGUGACUGGUCCGCGGUCCUGGCGAACCCUGCCAAGUUUGCCCUGGGCAACGUCACCGUCUUCUUCGACCUGAUAGCCUUCUUCCAGCAUUACUACCUCUAUCGUGGGGCUGUGGACGACGUGCUGGUCCCGCCUGAUGACAAGUUGGAUGCGGAAAGGGAGCCGCUGUUGCCAAGCCACGCUCCGAGGACGUCGCUGCCGACAUCAUGAGUUGUCGCCCGGGUAUGCAGCAUUCAAUAACCACGCAGGGAAUGAGCCAAAAUGUCUCAGCAGCCGGCAGACCAUACUAUCUGGGUUGCACAAUAAGCACACCGUUUCAAAAUCCCCAAGACUUGUAGCUGCAUCUAUAACGAGCAACUAAUGCAAAGACGAUCUUCAGUGUCGUCACAAACGAGGCUCAUACCACGAGACCCAACUAGAUGUCUAAGCGCUUCGGCUUGGAUUUGAACAGACCGGAAGAGCCCACUGCAAUGCGGCUUCAAGGCUCAUGUGUUACUGAGGGCAACCGCGUCCGCUGGAGUCAUUUCAAAGUUUGGGGCGAACAUACAAUAUCACUUGCGUUCUAUCAUGUGCUUGCUGGAUAUCGUACCGACCUGAAAAGGGAGGGCUGUUCUGCGGCGCAGAGUUACAAGUGCUAUCGCCGUGCCAGAGUCAUAGAACCAAGAGCAUUGAAUCAGCCUGAUCGCAACUGUUGUUUCCACAAACCCUAGCACGAACGGAUUGAUUGCACGGAUGCGUGGAGCAAUUAUUGUAGUACUCACCGACUGGUGCUGCAUGCCAGCACACGAGCACACUGAGGACGAGAGCAUUGAAGUUUUCAAGGUCAUACAUACUUAAGUACUUGUCAAGCCCCUAGACCUCCUCUCCCGGGAAGAAAUUGAGAUGAGACACUUCUCGGUCAAACAAAGCCUGGCACCACAAGCGCUGGACAACAAAGAAAAAGCCAUGUGAGGGGACUCGCAAUUAUUAGCC